AUGAAACUACACUAUGAGACGAAGUCCAAAUUGGGUAAUGGUGAUUCGUCAUUUGGAUUUAUUAUUAGGGAUAGUCAGGGUGAGCUGGUUCUCUUAGGUGCUAAGCGUCUUUUUAAGUCUUGCUCUAUCCUUAAAGCCGAGGCUUGGGGUAUGAGGGAAGGUAUUAAGGCAGCUUUAAGUAUUGGCAUCAAAAAUAUUCACAUUGAAGGCGACAAUCUAUCUGUUAUCAAUUCUUUAAGAAAAUUGUGGAAGAUCCCAUGGGAAAUUCAUUCCUUGGUGUCUGAUGCUGAUGUUGACUUGCGCAGGUUCGAUAGGGUGAUAAUCAAUCACUGCUUUAGGGAAGCUAAUGGAGCGGCGGAUUUUAUGGCGCACAAGGGGCACUUAUGCCCUGAUCUUUUACUGUCGAGGGAGACUCAGGAUUUGGCUCUCCUCUCUAUCAUCCGGAAGGAUGCCUUAGGUUGGUCUCAUGAGAGAGGCUAG